CCUGAGCCGGAGAGCGGAGAAUGAAACUGUUUUACACCAGUUCUGUUGCCCAGCAGCUGACGCGGAGCAGAAGCCUUCAUCUCCAGACUCCUCACCAAGGGAGGUAUAGUUGGCAAUUCUUCUGGUACUAUGACCUGGGAGGAAUGGCUCUUUCUGGAAGCACCCAAAGAAACAGGAGGUCAGUUUCAGAUGCAGCGUCUCAGUCCCGUAAAGGAGAUCCACCAGGACAUUUUGGCACUAUCUUCCACACAGACAUUUCUCAGCUCCUCUCCAACAGCUGGUGCAGCCACUCUCAGUGACGAUCCCAGCGGUUCCACAAGCAAGAAAGCCGGGUGUGAAACGGAGGAUCCGAAGGAGGCCGGCAGACAGAGUGGCCAGGAAGGCAGGUCCGACACCCUGACGCUAAAAGCCCAGCAUGCGGAGCUCCACGAAGAGCAGGCAGCGGGGUGUUCCCCUCUGGUGCAGAAGGCGAGCCUCCACCACACGGGCUCCCCAGUGAGAGUGCAGCGCAGCAAAGGGGCGGCCUCGUGUUCCCAUGCGGCUGCCUCCGAUUAUGAGCUCUCCCUUGACCUAAAGAAUAAACAGAUCGAAAUGCUAGAGCACAAAUACGGCGGUCACCUGGUGUCUCGCAGGGCAGCUUGCACCAUCCAAACCGCCUUCCGGCAGUACCAGCUCAGCAAGAACUUUGAGAAGAUCCGCAACUCGCUGCUGGAGAGCCGCAUGCCGCGCCGCAUCUCCCUGAGGAAAGUCCGCGUCCAGAACUCGGAGAGCUUCUCCGCGGAGAAAGCCCUGGUGGAGGGAUACAACUUCGUCGGCAUCCCAUUGGUGAGGUCCCCGUCCUUGCCCGCCACCAUCAGUGGGGCCCUGACUGAGCUGGAGGACUCCUUCACGGAACAAGUUCAGUCCCUGGCCAAGUCUAUUGAUGAUGCCCUCAGCAACUGGAGCCUGAAGACCAUGUGCUCCCUGCAAGAUGGGGGCUCAUACCAGAUAAGGGAGACCUUCAGUGCUAGCUCAAUGCAGCCAAACCAAGACUUAGAAGCUGAGUUGCAGGACAAGGAGAAGGAGGAAGGUCUCCUGCCAGAUACUCUACCCAAAAGCAGCAGCACUCUCAUGAUGGCUUUUCGAGAUGUCACAGUCCAGAUUGACAACAAGAACAUCUCUGUCUCGUCAUCUACCUCGGUGUCCAUGGCAAACUGCCUCAGCAGCAAUGACCAGGCUGGGCUCUCUCAAGCUAUCAAAGCUGAAGAAAGCCCAGGAGAAGGGGAGGGAGAAGCCAGUGAGCCACCAGCUGCCCCAGAGAGCUUACCUGAGUCCAGAGCUCUCCAGAACAGCCACACUUUCACCGAGGUGGAUGUCAGUACUAAUGGCACGGGAGACAGCAGUGCUGAGACUGAUCAGAUGGCAGUGCAGAAGCUCCAAUUUGAUGCUGGCAAUGAGGCGGGGCAAAGCAAAGGCUCUGAGUCUGAAAAUGCAGAUAACUCAGAGCAGCUGAGCAGCAGCAGCACCUCCACUUCAGCCAAGUCAGCCUCUGAGGUGUCCUCGAAAGAAGCACUGCAGGCCAUGAUCCUCAGCCUCCCCAGGUACCACUGCGAGAACCCUGCGAGCUGCAAGUCCCCCACGCUCUCCACAGACACCAUGAGGAAGCGCCUCUACCGCAUUGGACUGAACCUCUUCAAUAUAAACCCAGACAAGGGGAUCCAGUUCCUGAUCUCCCGAGGCUUCAUCCCGGACACCCCCAUUGGGGUGGCACACUUUCUGCUCCAGCGGAAGGGCCUCAGCCGCCAGAUGAUUGGGGAAUUCCUGGGAAACAGCAAGAAGCAGUUCAACAGAGAUGUCCUGGACUGCGUGGUGGACGAGAUGGACUUCUCAGGCAUGGAGCUGGAUGAAGCCCUGCGGAAAUUCCAGGCCCACAUCCGCGUGCAGGGGGAGGCACAAAAGGUGGAGCGGCUAAUUGAGGCUUUCAGCCAGAGGUACUGCAUGUGUAACCCAGAUGUGGUCCAGCAGUUUCACAACCCGGACACCAUCUUCAUCUUGGCCUUUGCAAUCAUCCUACUCAACACGGACAUGUACAGCCCCAACAUCAAGCCUGACAGGAAGAUGAUGCUGGAGGACUUCAUUCGCAAUCUCAGAGGGGUGGACGACGGUGCUGACAUCCCACGGGACCUGGUGGUGGGAAUCUAUGAGAGGAUCCAGCAGAAAGAGCUAAAGUCCAAUGAGGACCAUGUGACUUAUGUCACCAAAGUGGAGAAGUCCAUAGUUGGAAUGAAAACGGUUCUGUCCGUGCCCCAUCGCCGGCUGGUCUGCUGCAGCCGCUUGUACGAGGUGACCGACGUGAACAAAGUGCAGAAGCAGGCAGCUCACCAAAGGGAAGUUUUCCUCUUCAAUGACUUGCUGGUGAUCCUCAAGCUUUGCCCGAAGAAGAAAAGCUCCUCAACGUACACAUUUUGCAAGUCAGUCGGCCUGCUAGGGAUGCAGUUCCAUCUCUUUGAGAACGAAUAUUACCCCCAUGGCAUUACACUGGUGACUCCAGUUUCAGGCUCAGAGAAGAAACAGGUACUACACUUCUGUGCUCUGGGUGCUGAGGAAAUGCAGAAGUUUGUAGAAGAUCUGAAAGAAUCAAUAGCAGAAGUGACAGAACUGGAACAGAUACGAAUUGAGUGGGAACUGGAGAAACAGCAAGGGACAAAGACUCUCUCAUUAAGGACCAAUGGAGCCCAGAUGGAAUUGCAGUCUAAGCAAGGCUCUCCAACAGGCAAGAAGGAUUUGGGGGAGAAGGUCUCGGACAGCACAGUGGAGGUGUCAAUUCACAACAGGCUUCAAACGUACCAGCACAACUCCGCCCUGGGGCCCGAGAGUGGAAUGCAGCCCAGCAUGCGUCUUAACAUGCCACGGGAGCGGCUGGAGACAGCACUGGUGCCCGCGCACCCCGCCUCGGCGGGGACACUUGUACAGUGCCAGCAGAUUGUCAAAGUCAUUGUCUUGGACAAGCCGUGCCUCGCUCGGAUGGAGCCGGCCCUCAACCAGACUCUGACACGCUAUGUCACCUCCGACUCCUGCACCUCCACCCCCUGGCGCGGUAUGGGCAGCGGGCUCCCUGGGACCCCCAUGAAGCUGGUCCAUCAGCCUCCCCUGCCCCCUCCACCGCCUCCCUACAACCACCCCCACCAGUAUUGCCCCCCCAGCUCCCUGCUUCAGAGGCGCAGGUACUCCAGUGGCUCACGUAGCCUCGUGUAGCCACACCACCAGCACCAAAACAGCACAGACUACCCCGCUUCCCCUCCCCACCGCCUCCCAGGGACCCUUUCUGCCUACAGAGAUCUAGUUUGUGAUGUAUUUUUCAGUAAAAGAAGAAAAA